AACAAAAAAAAAUCAAAUUAUAUCAGAAGGAAAAAAAAGAAAAGAAAAGAGAGAAGUAAGUCAUCAGAUCCCUAAAAAUCGAACCCGGACGCAUAACCGACUAUGGCCUUUCACGUAGCUUGUCCAAUUACAUGCCGUAAAAUUUGCGACUGCUUGUUGGGGUUUCCUCGGAGUCUCCAUGGAAAGGAAGCCAAGGAUUUGUUCCUCAACGAGAUUCAUUCUCUUCAGCACUUGUUGCCUGACCCGUGGGAUUCUCGAGUCUCAAAGGAAGGCACCGUUCAGAUCCACGUCCCUAAGCUCCCUCCCUCCGAUACUGGUGUGGAUGAUUCGGUAAAGGAGGUUGCUGCAUCUUCGGUUUCGAGGCUAGGCAGACACACGGUGGUGCUGAAGAAGGCUGUUGAGAAUCAUGCUGCACGUUCUGCUUCUGACGACUUUGAGAUGGCGGUCAAUGAGCUCAAUGAAGUAGAUCAUGACACUGACAGUGCAAGUGUUACGUGUCCCAUGUGCUUUAUGGUUGAAGUUGGGAAGAGUGAGAGAGCAAAGAUGAUUUCUUGCAAGUGUUGUCGCAAGAAGUAUCAUAGAAACUGCUUGAAGUCUUGGGCUCAACAUAGAGAUUUGUUUAACUGGAGCUCUUGGGCUUGCCCCUCUUGCCGAACCUGUGAGGCCUGUGGAACAUCAGGGGAUCCAAAGAAGUUGAUGUUCUGCAAACGAUGUGAUGAUGCCUAUCAUUGUGAUUGCCAACAGCCUCGACACAAGACUGUUAGUUCUGGACCCUAUCUAUGUCCUAAACACACCAAAUGUUACAGCUGUGGGUCUAAAGUCCCUGGGAAUGGCCAGAGCUUACGGUGGUUUUUGGGGCAUACUUGUUGUGAUGCUUGUGGAAGGCUGUUUGGCAAGGGAAAUUAUUGUCCUGUAUGUUUGAAGGUUUACAGGGACUCGGAAGCAACACCAAUGGUGUGUUGUGACUAUUGCCAGCGCUGGGUCCAUUGCUUGUGUGAUGGAAUCAGCGAUGAGAAAUAUAUGCAGUUUCAAGUGGAUGGGAAUCUUCAGUACAAAUGUUCUACUUGUCGCGGAGAAAGCUACCAGGUCAAGGAUCUUGAGGAUGCUGUACAGGAAAUUUGGAAACGUAAAGAUAUCGAGGAUAAAGAGCUAAUUGCUAGCCUAAGAGCUAGUGCACGAGUCGUAGGGAAAACUGGUGGCGCCCCUGUUAUCGAUCAGCCUGGUUCUGCCGAAAGAAAAGUUGCUGAAAAGGCUAUGGUCAGUGGAGAAGAAGAGAAGCCACUGAGAGUUCUCAGAAUAAAAAGUAGCAGGCCUCAAGAUUCAGAUAGUGAGAAACUCGGAAAACACUCUAAAGAGCAGAGCCCUGUGAAGGCGAAAAAAUUGGUGAUAAGUAUAGGCCCUAGAAAAGCAGGAGUUACAAACCCGAUGAGUUGCGACACAUCAAAGCUUGCCUCCAAAUCGAACGGAAAGCAUGGGAAAUUACAAUCAGAAGAAACCGCUUCCCAAGAAGAGCAGGAAAGGAGCAUAUUGAGAAAGAGUAGUGAAGAAAAGAGAGGGUCUCAAAGUGAGGUAGGCACUUCAAAGGGGGAAGGCGGAGGAGAUUCAAAUGGUGGCCAACAAGAGUUGCAGAAAGAUUCAAGAAGAUUGCUGAAACUGAAAAUAAAAACUCAUAAUCCGGAGAGCCAAGAACGUGAAGCCCCUAGAAUCGUGUAUGAAAGAAGCAAGUCUGGGAAAGGACAUAGGUCCAAAAGAAAGAGAGCAUCACCUCCAGCUGAAAAAUCAGCGUUCAAUGAAGAUGAAGAUGUGUCACUGUCUCGUGAUGACAGUUUGUUAGACGAAAUGCUUGAUGCUAGUUGGAUUCUGAAGAAGUUGGGGAAGGAUGCAAAAGGCAAAAAGGUUCAAAUACACGAGGCCGCAGAUAAUACAUGGGAGAAAGGGGUGGUAAGUGAAGUAGGAGGAGGAGGGACGUCGAAGUUGAUGGUGACGCUUGAGAAUGGAAAAGUGAAGACGGUGGAGCUUGGAAAGCAAGGGGUUAGAUUUGUUGCUCAGAAGCAGAAGAGGACGAGAACGUGAGAGGCUUUGAGCAUCGUCCAACAUUUGGAACAAGAUGAGCAAAAGACCUUGCAGGAGGAGUUGGUAGGUGAAGCAGUACUAGCUUCUUUAUCAUCGAUUCCUUUAGAUGUUGUAUGUAUCAUAUAGACAUUGUGAAACAAAUUUAGCUUUUGAAAAAUUCGAAGAAAGGAUUAACAGCUGAAUGAAAUAAA